AUGAGGCCUCAACGGAGCCAGAGAAGGAAGCACCGAGGCGUCUCGCUGGGACUCCUCGCCCUCGGCCUGGCCGCAGCCUGCAGUCUGCAGAGUCAGGGCGUGUCACUGUACAUCCCCCAGUCCACCAUCAAUGCCACGGUGAAAGAAGACAUCCUGCUGUCGGUGGAAUACUCCUGCCAUGGUGUCCCCACCAUUGAAUGGAAGUAUACGUCCAACUGGGGAGUGCAGAAGAUUGUGGAGUGGAAGCCAGGCACUCAGGCCAACAUCUCCCAAAGCCACAAGGACAGGGUCUGCACCUUUGACAAUGGCUCCAUCCAGCUCUUCAGUGUGGGCGUGAGGGAUUCCGGCUACUAUAUCAUCACGGUGACUGAGCGCCUGGGGAGCAGCCAGUUUGGCACCAUCGUGCUGCAUGUGUCGGAGAUCCUCUAUGAAGACCUCCACUUCGUCGCUGUUUUCCUUGCUUUACUUGCUGCUGUGGCUGCCGUGUUAAUUAGCCUCAUGUGGGUUUGUAAUAAGUGUGCAUAUAAAUUCCAGAGGACAAGAAGACGCAAGCUCAAAGAGAGCACAGCUGAGGAGAUUGAGCUACAAGAUGUUGAGUGUUAG